AGCGCAUGCGCGGCUGAAGAUGGUUACGUCACGCGCCUGCCAUUCUAGCUUUUUAAUAAGGCACCGGCUUGUAGUGCUGGAGUGAGAAGUGGGUUCUGAACCACAUCAUUGUAUAACAACGCAUACAUAUUUACAUUAGAUCUUCCUAUCAUGACACUAAAGCAACUGCUUUCUUAAUAAUAUUAAAAAGGUUUUACGUUUUUUUUUAUUCAAUGGUCGCUAGCUGGCAAACAGUGUCACAUUUAUAAUGGUUCCCCUGAAACGCAGGAAAGUAACUACAGAGCAAACUGCAACUCAUGACAGCAAAGCGUGUAAAUUCCCUGAAACCGUGAUAUUUAUUGUGGAAAGGAAGAUGGGUGCGUCCAGAAAAUCUUUCCUGACUCGUCUUGGAAGGAGUAAAGGAUUUCUGAUUGAGGAGUCUUUCAGCUCUUCCAUCACACAUGUGGUGUCAGAGAACAACACAGGAGAUGAGGUGCACAUCUGGAUUAAGAAACAGCAAAAAGAAGGGAAAGCUUCAACCAAUCUCAACUCGGUCAACUUGUUGGACAUCAGUUGGUUGACUGAGAGCCUGGCGAGCGGAAAUCCAGUCCCUGUUCAGGACAGACACAAGUUGAAGACUGACCCGAAGCCUUCUGAGGUCACUCCUGUGAUUAGAAUGAAGAGUUAUGCCUGCCAGAGGAGAACUCCACUGAAGCAUCACAACUCAUUCCUUACAGAAGCCCUUGAGAUCUUAGCCGAGAAUGCAGAGUUCAGUGAGAACGAAGGCAGGAGCGUAGCCUUCCGAAGGUCGGCGUCUGUCCUGAAGGCUCUUCCUCAUGCCGUACGGACGAUCGAUGAACUGAAGGACUUGCCCUGCUUGGGAGAGCAUUCACUGAGCGUUAUAAAGGAGAUUUUAGAAGAUGGCACAUCACGUGAAGUGGAGUCAACAAGGCAGUCAGAGCAGUUUCAAGCCAUGAAGGCACUAACAGGUGUUUUUGGUGUCGGAGUAAAGACUGCAGAUCGGUGGGUUAGAGAAGGUUUACGAUCCCCAUUAGACCUUGUAGACACAGGACAAAAGUUGAACCAUGCACAGCAAGCAGGAGUGCAGUAUUAUAAAGAUCUGAACACCCCUGUCACUAGAAAGGAAGCUAUGGUCAUCAGUGUCAUUGUAGAGAAAGCAGUAAAGGCACUACUGCCUGAGGCUAUUAUUACACUCACUGGAGGAUUUAGAAGGGGUAAGGAGGUGGGCCAUGAUGUAGACUUCCUUAUCACGCACCCAGAGGAAGGGGCAGAGGAAAAACUGAUGCCCAAAAUUGUGAAUUGGUUGGAGGAUCAGGGUUUGCUGUUGUACCAAAAAACAACUAGGAAUUCUUAUCUGGAGAGUAAAGAUGGACCUGCUCGUCCUCCUAGUAACAUGGACCGAUUUGAGAGAUGCUUCUCUAUAUUCAAGCUUGAACAAAGUAAAAUCGACAGUAAUGCACAUGCAGAGGCGUCUUCCUGGAGAGCUAUUCGAGUCGAUCUUGUAGUCAGUCCUUACAGUCAGUUCGCUUUUGCCACACUUGGCUGGACAGGAUCCAAGCUCUUUGAGCGGGAGCUUAGGCGCUGGGCAGGACAGGAGAAGGGAAUGUCCUUAAGCAGUCAUGCUCUCUAUGACAGCAAAAAGAAGUGUUAUCUUCAAGCAAGCUCUGAAGAGGAAAUUUUCACUCAUUUGGGCCUGGAGUACAUUCCACCUUCAGAGAGGAACGCGUGAUUACGCAGAAGCUAUCCAGCCCAGUUUACAUACUACCUCAGCGGAUGGAUCAUUUUCUCAGAAUGGCACAACUUGCCCUAUCAUCAUGAAUCAAAUGAAUAAUAAUGCAUCCUUCAGUCCAUGCUGUGUAAAAAAAAUUAUAUUUGACAAAUGUAUACAGUAAUUUUAACAUUUAAUUAAAAAUUAAGCUUUUAAUAGUAAAAUGACUAUUUUUAUUCAUGAAGAAUUAAACACUUUAUUAAAAUGACACUGCAUGAUCAUGUAGUAAAAGCACAAGUCAAAAUAAGAUAUUUGAAUAUUUCUUGUGAACGCUGUUUGCUUUGGUUUAUUUGUUUGUUUAAUAUUUUGGACUUGAGUGUUAUAUUGCAGCUGCUGUUGAUAGUUGCUUUAAGUUGUGUAAGUUUUUGCUGUAUUGUGCACUAUGCAUUUGCAGUGUAGCCACAUAUAUGCAAGUUUUUUACUUAUGAGUGCACCUGGCAUGCUUUGGCCUCCUUUUUUCUAACUGCCAUAUCUUACAUUAAAUAUUUGCUCUCUUUACAAAUGCACAUCACUUUAUGAUGGUUAUUUAACAUUAUAAUAUUAACUAACAGUUAUAAAAUUAGUGUUAUAGUUUUGUUUAGUGUGUACUAUAAGAGAUUGUUGGUUUUUUUUUUUUUUUUUUUGGGGGGUUGUUUUAGCAAUAGUAUAAUAUAAGAAUACAACCAGAAAUUUCAAAAUUUGUAUGCAGCAUUUUUUUGACCUCCCCUUACACUUAAAAAAUAGCAGGAUCUUGAUUUUCUUAAAUCCUCUUUAGAAUGGAAUCCAAAUUAAUAUAAUUGGCAGCACCUGUUUUUGUCCUACUAUUUCAAUAGGGGAAAAAAAACGACUGCUGUAAAAAAAAAAAAAGGUCUAUUACACCACCAUUGUGCAGGACAUGCUUGGGCAACACAUGCUCUCUUAAUUCAUUAGAAGCUUGAUAACAAGAACAACUUUCAAUCAUGUCAUUCCAUUCCAUAUGCCAACGUUCACAGACUUGGACAAAGAAAUUAUAAGUUUGCAUCCCCGAGCCCACUUUUAAAGGAAAAUCAGCAACAAACAAACUGGGUACUCAAGAUGUGGCACAAGCUGUUGUAUAAAAAAUGUAAAAAAAAAAUCUUGAUAAGUUUCUCGAUUUCCUCUUGAAGAGACAGGAAGAGAGAGGUCUAGCAAGGACUUGGCUCAACAUCUGGCAGCUUCAAAUGUAUUCCAAGUUGAUCCUUCUACAGCCCUAAUAAACUUGAUCAGGAAUGGUCUUUGUAGAAGAAUAGCAGCCAAGAAACCACUUUUUUUUUAAACGGGAACAUGUUAUAAAGGGUAACAUAUGCCAAAGUUCACAAAGAUUGGAAUGAAGAUCAGUGGAAAAAAAUAUUAUGGAGUGACAAAUCUGGGUUUAAAUUAUUUUUUUAUCCAGUUGUUGACAAUAUGUGAGAAGAAAAGUUGGAGAGUGAUUGAAAAAUAAGUUGCAGUCUUCCGUGAAAGGCUACUACUUUAUUUAAAAUGUUUCAAAUGUUUACAAUUUUAUAGAGGCAGUAUGGGAUCAUGUGGACAGAGAAAGAAAUAAAGUAUAGCUUAAAAUGAAAGAAAUCUGGGAAGUGCUGAAAGAAGCCUGGUAUAUUAUACUAGAAGAUUACUUUAAAAAACUUCAGGACAGUCUCCCCAAAAGAGUUCAAGAUGUGGUUAUUGCAAAGGGAAGUCAUACUAAAUACUAACAUUUGCCUGACUAAGUAAUUCUGAUGUGAAAAUCGUGGUGGUGUUUUUUUGUGUACAUGUUUCUCGUAUUUUCUGUUUGUAUCUUGAUAAAGAAACCAAAAAAUACAUAUUUGGGUGGUCAUUAAAACUUUACUAGAACAGCAAAUCUAAUGGUUUGCAUCGUACUGUAUGUUUAAUUUUUGGCUUGGGACUGUCUGUUUUGUAUUUUCCUAAUAAAUUUUUUUUGUGCA